CACACACUCACAUAAGAAGAAAAAAAAAAUCUACCCUUUCCCUCAUUCUUACUCCCUCCCUCCCAUAACUCUCUGUUCCCACCUUUCCUUUUUAUUUUAUUUUUCCUUCUUCCUUUCCCAAAUCAUCAAAUUACAUCACCAAAUCAAGCAUCCUUAAGAAAACUCUUCAUCUAAGCAAAGCUAUAGCCAGAUCCUACAGGUUAAUUUGGGUUUGAUUUUGGAGAUUGGGGCUAGGGUUCUAAGAAAAGAAUAGUACCCGCUUUUGGUAAUUACUCAUUGAGGUUCUUUGAGAUAUGACGCCGGGCGCUUCACAUGCUUCCUUCGGAGUGGUUAGAGAGCAAACUUAGUUGAUUCAUCAUAACUAUUCAAAGUCAAUUGUGUAAAAAGCUUCUAGCAGGGUUAAGGAUCUAUCAAUGUCACUCUUUUGAUAGGGAAAAAAAAAAAAAACCACUCAAAUUGCAUCAUAAGACAACGAUAAGAGAAAGGGCAAAAUCAUGUUUGCUCGAAGAAUUGUCGCUGCUGUUGCUGCUGCAUCUCCUCGAUCAAAAAGGAUCUUCAGCACAUCUUCAUCUUAUUCUGUUACCCAUGACUAUCAAACUUCAAUCCAAGAACUCAAUAAGGAAAUGGAAUCUGUAUUUGGGGACUUUCCGCCAGAUGGACUACCUAGCUCUGUAAGCAAUAGUCCUGCGAAUGAUGAAUCUCAUUUGUCAUCUCGAAACAUAGGUGAAAGCUCUUUUGAAUUGACUCAUACUGGAAAUUCAGGGGAAGCUCAAAUGGUAGAUGUGUCUCCGAAAGAAAGUAGCAAGAGAACUGCCACUGCUGUUUGCAAAGUAAAUCUUGGAAAGAAGGUGUUUGAUUUGGUAUUAGCCAAUCAAAUGGAAAAAGGAGACGUACUUACGGUGGCGAAAAUUGCUGGCAUAAUGGCAGCAAAGCAAACUAGUAACCUGAUUCCAUUGUGCCAUAACAUAGGCCUUACACACGUUCAAGUGGAUUUGAGAUUGAAUCAUGAGGACUUCAGUGUAACAAUAGAAGGGGAAGCUGCUUCAAUGGGAAAAACCGGGGUUGAGAUGGAAGCAAUGACAGCAGUGUCUAUUGCUGGUUUAACAGUGUAUGAUAUGUGCAAAGCUGCUUCAAAAGGUAUAUCAAUUACAGAUAUUAGACUUAAGCAUAAAUCUGGUGGAAAAAGUGGGGAUUACUCCUGGGGACAAUAAUGGUUUUGAAUCAUUACUUCAAAUUUCUUAGAACAAACUGAGAAUCCUAUUCCUCCUCUUAUAGUAGUCUUUAAACAUGGGUGCAUCAAUAUUUGGGCUAGCUUUGAUGAAGCAUAUUUUGAUAGCUGACAUUUUACUUGUCCUACAAUACUUUGUUAAAUUAAUUUUAGGUAAAUUAUGGUUGCAUUUUGAUUGUCUCAUAUUACAUUGCCACCUAGUUUUAACUCAGCUUUUUACCUUCAGAAGAA